AGAUAGAUUUGUGCGGUACCUAUAACUUACUUUACCCUUCCUUACAUAUACGAGUAUUAUAAUGCGGCUUUGAAGCGAAGCACAGCGGGGGGCGAUCGCGUUGCUGCUUUGUUCAAAAGGAACUUGCUAUAAACAUGCAGUCGGGUUCAUGUGGGAAUGAGACUCCGAAGAGGCAUGACGAGGGUGAUGAUAUGAUAAGCAACCUACCUGAACCUGUUAUUGGACACAUUCUUUCUUUUCUUUCUACUAAACAAGCAAUUGCUACAAGUGUUUUAUCAAAGAGGUGGAAAUAUAUUUGGACAUUGGUCACCAAACUAAGUUUUUAUGACAGGGAGUGCUCUUAUCAUCCUUGUAACUCUUCGAAUAAGUUUACAAAUUUGUUUUCCGACUUUGUAAGUAGUGCGCUGAUUCAUCUCAAUAGUCCAAUCAUCCAAGAAUUUGAUCUUGUUAUUCAUGAGAUAAGUGAUCCCUACUAUAUCAGUCAAUGGUUAUAUACUGUUUUACAAAGGAGAGUAAAGAAGAUUAAUGUCUAUUCAUUGAAACCUUGUAUCAUUUCCUCUUCCCCUCUUUUCGAAUGCCCGACCCUAGAGAAAUUGGUAUUAACAAUGACACGCUGUUGUUGUUCUAAUAUCAAAGUUCCCUCUUUUGUUUCUCUUCCAUCCCUCACUGUGCUGAAAUUGACUGGAAUCACAUUUACUUCUUACGCUAGUGCUAAUAAAUUGAAAGAGUUAACACUUCAUUUCCCACUUCUUAGAGAGUAUAAGACACAUGAUUGCACUUGGUCAGGUGUAAAAAGUAUCACUUUAGAAGCGCCCCUACUUGAAACGGUUGAAACACUCUACGGUGAUUGUGACUCAACUCCUGAAAUUGUUAAGUUUUGUGCAUCAUAUAUUACAAAUUUAUCUUUUCGCGGAGAUGUAUCAUCAUCACAAACCAUUUUGCUAGAUGAUGAUCAACACAUUACUUCUACUUCUAUUCUUCUAUUCAAUCAAAAUAACUAUAGCCUUGAAGAAGUAUGGAUUUUUCUUCACAGGCUUCUCAGCCUCUCCAUUAAUGCAAAAUAUCUAAAGCUUUAUUACUCUGCUCACCAGCAGCGUCUUGCACGAGUGGAACAUUAUCUAGAUGGUAUUCCUGCAUUUCGAAUGAUGGGUCAUCUGCAUCUAGGACCAGUUACUGGUGCUGUUCUGUUAGACUUUCUUUUAAAAUCACCAUGUCUGAAGACUCUGGUUUUACAGAUGGCGGAUGAUGAUGUAGAGUCGGAUAAUUAUGCAAUUGUACCUGACUGUUUUCUGUCGACUCUUAAAGUGGUAAAAUUUGCAAAAUAUUUCGACCGUGAGCACGAGUUAAGAUUUGCUAAAUUUGUGUUGGAGAAUGCUAAGGUGUUGGAGAAGGUUAGUUUCUCAUUUCAUAAACAACGCCCCUGGACUGAAGUGGAUGAAGCUAAAGAGAAGCUAAGGUUAAUUAUGAUUAGUUGUAGCACAGUGACUGUGGAAUUUUCUGCCUGGAAUUAGGUUUAAUGAGCUUUUUAAGUGUCCGUAAUACAAUGCAGAAUUGCAAAGUUGCUAAAAUGCAUGCAUUACUUUUGCAUCAAAUAGUUACAACACUAGCAUGACAAAUAAAACUCAACCAAAAAGUUAAAGUUUAUUGGAAUUUUUUGCUUCCUUUAACA